ACAAAAUGGCUGAAUUGUCCGAGCUGUCAAACAGGACAAAUUAAAUUUUAAUAUUGUUGAUUGAUUACAAGAAAAAGAAAACCAAAGGAAUUGUAUCUGCAAGAGUACCAAGGUGAAAUCAGCAAUGAGCGGUCGUUACGACUACAGCAAAGGGUCGUCUCGAUCCGCGCGUGAUGAUUCUAGGCAGGAGAGGCGGCGGGAGCGCGACAGGUCGCGGUCGCCGCGCUCGAGGUCUCCGAGGCGUCGUUCUCCUGAAUUCAGUCGCAAUCGCUACUCUUCUAAGGAACGGUCGAGGGAACUCGAUACUAGUCGUGACAGAGACACAGUUACAAAGCCCGUCAAAAUUCCAAAACACACAGAAUGGGAUGAGUCCAGUGACGAGGAGGUCCCAGCUCCCCCUCCCCCUCCUAGAAUCAGCAAGAUCAGCAUUGGCUUUGCAAAGCCGGCUGCACCCAUCAAGAUGAACCUCGGUGCCAAGACUGGUGUGCAGGCCCCUAAGCCAACCAUUGCAUCCGUGUUCAAUGCUGAUGACGAUGAUGAUGAGCCUGAGGAGAUGCCAGCUGAAGCCAGGAUGAGAAUGAGGAAUAUUGGAAGAGAAACACCAACAUCAGCCGGCCCAAACUCCUUUGGCAAAACCAAGCAGGGCUUCUGCGACGCCAAGAAGCUCUUUGAGAAGAAUCUUAAACAACAACUAGAUGAAACAAAUGAAAGGCCAAUUUUACCCAAAUUCCCGCAGACCAUCUAUAAGAUAAAACCUACAUGAGGAGUGUAGUCUGUUUUAAGACUGGUCUUUGUGAAUUAUAAUGAUUUUUUUACAACUGAAAAUAUUUUUUUAUAUUCAAGCUGAAACAGAAAUAUUACACAACAUCAUUCAAAAAUUAAAUAAAGUUUUAAAACCAGAAUUGGAAAUUAUAUCCAAGUUUGUUAUAAGUACUAGUGACUCUCUGAGCUGUAGUAGACCUUGCGAACCUCCAUCAUUCGACCAUUUUGUGACAUUUCCAAAAACUGAAUGGUCAAAUAUAUUCUAUAUAAUUAUAGAUAAACCUGCUCACAAAAUUUCACAAGAAACAUAUUUCUUUAAAGGUCAUAACCUUUAGAGGGAAAACAGCAGAACAAACAUGAAAGUAUAUUUACCCAAGCUGAAACAUUGAUGUUUGACUUUGACGGCAUUGUUUUAUUCAUUAGCAUUUGGAUGUUAAUAAAAUCAUUAUAAUUCACAUAGACAUGCUGUUAUUCAUUAACAUGUUAAUUAUGCUAGUUAAGUGAUGACCACUUUAUUAACUUAACUGGCAUUGGGGCAUGUUGAAACUUAUAAUAAGAUUUAGUUUUUAGCUUGUGUACUGUUACAAUGUUUGAAUUGACAAUGAAUUAUAUUUUAUGUUACUAUGAUGGUGCAAGUAAAAGAUUAACUGAAAUAAGAGUUUUAGAUGUUGAGUACUCUGGUAUUUGUAAUUAAAACCUUAACAGCUACAUAAUAAGAUACAAAGUUGUGUUUUUAUUAGAUGGACAGAGUUGGAUCAUAGUUUUAGUGUGUGUGAUUGGACCUAAUUUAACGUGUCAAAUUAUGCAGUGCCAUAAUUUUCAUAGAAAUUUGACGUUAAUUGUGACACUGAAACACUUUGUCAUUAGUUAGCUAGGUCCGACUCUAUAACUUAAAAUACGUACAUGUACAUACCUACAUAUUCACAUUUUUUGCUUUAAACAUUCAACCUUUUUAAUAUUGGUCGAUUUUUCUACUUAGUCCUAGAAAAAGGCAGUAAGAGUGUUCAUUUCUUGUCAGUUUUAUUAAAUAGUAAAUGUUUAGUAGUGCUGAAAAGAUCGUGCCUUGUAAAUCAAUUUGGGUCAUUGUUACAUCGACAUAUUUUAGAAAGUCAGUAUUUUCGGCGCGUUGGAUAUGUGUUCACUACUAUGAGUGUGCAUUUACAUUGGAUCGUUUAAGGCACGUCCAGAUGGGAACAAUUUUUCGCCAAAUUGAUUCAAUUGUCUGAUCAAAUCAGGUGGUGCGGAAGCAAUCGCCAAUAAUGGCCGAUAUUACCCAUAAAAUGGAGGUGCGGACGCAAGAAUAUCAAUACGUGACCCUAGUAUUCGCGUUUGGGAGAUUAUUUUUUAAAUAGUGCACAGAUAUCGUAGGCCACGUCUACGCCUCGGCUAGUCUGUGGCCAUGAGUAAGCCCAUUCAUCAAAAAAAAAAAUAUCACAAUAAAUCUAAAAUCAGACAAUUUGAUCAUCCAGUUUGGAUUGGCCUUUACGUUUUGCAGUCCGCGAAUGGAUGUGGUUUCCUAGCAACCGGUAUUUUUUUUUAUGCGGCAAACGACCCAAUGUGACUGCACCACAGUUCUUACUCUGAAAUAUUUACAAAAUUGUGAUGCUGAUGUAUUAUUAUUUUUUAGAAAUGUAUUCAACUGGCGCUAGCUUCUUCACAAGAGUUAAACGAUCGUGUGUAUCUUUUAUGGACUUGAAUAUAAUUUUAUUGCUCA